CAUUUUUUACUUUACGGUUAUACCCUUCCACUACGUGCUAUAAAUUUCUGUUUCCUUCUCUUAGUUUAAGUGCAGUUUCAAAUUCUCAACGGUUAACAUGACAAACUUGGUUUCCGGUUCCACAUAUCUUGUCCUCUUUCUAGCAUUCAACUUUGCAUAUUCUGACCCGUUUCUCGGCGUGAACUAUGGACAAGUCGCCGACAACCUUCCACCACCGUCAGCCACCGCAAAACUCCUCCAAACCACCGCAUUUGAAAAAGUCCGAUUAUACGGAACCGACCCCGCCAUAAUCAAAGCUCUAGCCAACACCGGAAUCGGAAUUGUAAUCGGAGCUGCAAACGGCGACAUUCCGGCACUCAGUUCCGAUCCAUCUUUCGCAAAAACCUGGAUAAACACCAACGUGAUUCCUUACUAUCCCGCUAGCAACAUCAUCCUCAUAACCGUUGGUAACGAAGUGAUAGACUCAAACGAUACCAAUCUUGUGAACCAGAUGUUGCCGGCGAUACAGAACAUGCAAGGCGCACUUGAGGCGGUUUCUCUCGGCGGGAAGAUUAAGGUUUCUACGGUGCAUACUAUGGCGGUUUUGAAGAACUCUGAGCCUCCUUCUGCUGGAAGUUUUCAUCCGGAAUAUAGUACCGUUUUGCAGGGUUUGUUGUCGUUUAACAAAGAUACUGGUUCUCCUUUUGCUAUUAACCCUUACCCUUAUUUUGCUUACAAAAGUGACCCUGGAAGAGCAGAUAAUUUGGCUUUUUGCCUCUUUCAGCCCAACUCGGGCCGAGUUGACGCAAACACUAAGCUCAAUUACAUGAAUAUGUUUGAUGCUCAGGUGGAUGCGGUUCGAUCUGCGUUAGAUGCUAUGGGUUUUAAGGAAGUUGAGAUUGUAGUUGCGGAGACAGGGUGGCCAUACAAAGGGGAUCCCGACGAGGCUGGACCGAGUAUUGAGAAUGCAAAGGCGUACAACGGUAAUCUCAUUACACACUUGAGGUCCAAGGUUGGGACUCCAUUGAUGCCGGGGAAAUCAGUGGACACAUACAUAUUUGCCUUGUAUGACGAGGAUUUGAAACCCGGAGCUGCUUCUGAGAGAGCCUUUGGGCUUUACAACCCUGAUCAGUCGAUGAUCUAUGAUGCCGGCCUGUCUAAGCAGCAAAGUUCUACUCCUACUAGUAGCCCCGUGGCCGCACCGAUUAAUCCGGAUGUGUCAAAAUCUCCUUUGAAUUCGUCGCCAAAAGUUUCAACUCCAACAUUACCGUAUAAUAGUAACAUAGCAUGGUGUGUGCCAAAACCAGGAUUAACUGAUGUGCAGCUACAAGCAAACUUAGAUUAUGCUUGUGGGCAGGGGAUUGAUUGCAGCUCAAUCCAACCAGGAGGAGCUUGUUUCGAACCUAACACAUUAGCGAAUCAUGCAGCAUAUGCCAUGAAUCUCUUUUAUCACACUGGGCAAAAUCCAUUAACUUGUGAUUUCUCACAGACAGCGACACUAACAUCAAAUAACCCAAGUUAUAAUAGUUGUGUUUAUGCUGGAGGGAAUGCAUAAUUUAAAAAACAAGAAAGUAGAUAAAGGAUGGUGGUGUUUUUAUUUUUGUUGGUUGUUUUAAUUCUUAUUUAUUAAUUGUUUAAAAAUGUUUUGGUCUUAAGAGUGUUCUGAAGUAAAAGAAUGGUGUCUGUAUAGAGGAGGAUCCUCCUCUAUUUCUGUUGUAAACGUUUCAAUGUCUAGGUUAGAAGCAACUUGCUGCAUUUUUUUAUGAUGUGUGUUUGCUAUAAGUGUUGAGUCAACUGAAAUCUUGAUGAUGUCAAUACUUAAUGUUGGUUCAAAUAAUAUGAUGCUUUUUCUUAGAA